AUGUCGUUUGGAACUCUAUACACCGUCUCCGUUCAGGCAAAGGGAAGAAUUAUCAAAGCUACUGCUGCUCUUGCAGGGCUCACUCUCGACGGACCGACUGGAUACACUCACUUUGAGACCAACAAAACCCCAGAGUAUCUUGCGAAGUUCCCGCAUGGGAAGAUUCCUGCGCUAGAGACAAAGGAUGGCUUCAAGCUCUUUGAGGGUGCUGCUAUCGCCCGCUACAUUGCAUCAAAAUCCGGCAAUGCCAACCUUCUCGGCCUCACUCCUGAAGAUGCUGCUUUAGUCGACCAAUGGGUUCACCUCGCUGAAUCUGAAGUCGAUUUUGCGACCGACAUGAUCUUGGGAAUGUGCAAGGGCAUCUAUGUCUACGCUAAACCAAACCACAACCAACUCCUUGAACGCCAAGCUCGCGCUCUGGGCACAUUCGAAAAACACCUUGCGGCCAACACCUUCCUCGUCGGUGAACGCAUUACUCUCGCUGACCUCUUCUUCGCUGGUACCAUCCAACGCGCUGUUCAAAAUACACUCGACGCUGAAGCUCGCCCCAAAUACCCCGCUAUCAUUCGUCACCUCGAAACCAUCGUCAAUCAACCUAAAUUAACGGAAGCGUAUGGAAAGACUGAGUAUACCGAAAAGGCGAUUCAGUUCACUCCCCCACCCAAGGAGAAGAAGGAGGCGAAGCCUGCAGCAGCAGCAGCACCCAAGGCUGAGAAGAAGCCCAAGGCGAAGGAGGUGGAUGAUGAUGACGACGAUGAGCCUUCUGUUCCUGCUGAACCGAAAGCCAAGAAUCCUCUUGACGAUCUUCCUAAAUCGACCUUCAACCUUGAGGAUUGGAAGAGGGCGUACUCUAACAAAGAAACUCGAGGAGCCGAUGGUGCGCUUGAGUGGUUCUACCAAAACUUCGACAAGGAAGGCUAUUCUAUCUGGCGUGUAGACUUCAAAUACAACGAUGAACUCAAACAGACGUUCAUGUCUGCCAACCAAAUUACUGGAUUCUUCAACCGUCUCGAGGCAUCUCGUAAAUACCUCUUUGGAUCUGUUGGUGUCCUCGGCAAGAACAACGACUCUAUUAUUACUGGAGUCUUGAUUGGGCGAGGGAACAAGGUGGAGGCGGUUGUUGAUUGUGCGCCCGAUUGGGAGUCGUAUGAGUAUAAGGCUAUUGAUCUGUCGGAUCCUGCGCAAAAGGAUUUCUUUGAGGGUGCGCUUGCUUGGGAUCUUGUGGUUGAUGGGAAGACGUGGGCUGAUGGAAAGAACUUCAAGUAA